CAUUGCACCUAUCAAUGUUAUUUUCAUAUGGAAGUCCAUGGUUAUAAGUAUUCUUAAGUAUGCAGUGUCAUAAGUACAUCUCGUUUAUACCAAACCAAACGGUUUUGAAAAUUAGCAAGUUGUGGUUAUUUAAAAAGUAAAGCACCAUUAAAACAGUGUUACGAGUGAGCGAGCUGACUGUGACACGAUGGCCGCCAGGUGCGGACGUGGUCCUCCACUGACCAGCAGCACGGACGAGACAUCUAGCCUUUAUUAUGUAUAUCUAUGGAAGCCCCAGUCGCCCCUAUGUCUGCAGCCAGAUGGGAAAUGUGGAAAAUACCAUAGGGAAGGUUCCGAAGCCUUACAAUUUAUUGAUUUAAAAGAACCAAUCUUUUUAAUUUUUUAUAUUCACAACAUUUAUUUUAUUAUUUAACCUUUUGAGACAUGGCCUCCAGGUAACGUUAUUUGGUCCGAUUAUUUUCAAGUCACACAAAUAGAAAUCAAAAUAAAAAAGUUCGUAGCCUCGGCUAAAUGCUAAUAGGUACAGACCACCCGAUAAACAAGAGUUCAAAACGGUUUGAAGUGGACAGUAGAGGGAGGAAAAACACCUCUAGUUUUAAGUUUUGUGACAUGAUGUUUGAAGACGGGACUGGACUGCUGCAGAAGGGCUACAUUGUUUUACUUCAUCUGGUAAUAGUGACAAAAGAAGUGUCUCUACUGGACACCGUCGUGGGUGUCAUAGGAGGUUCUGUGGUUUUACCGUGUUUCUCUAAAGAACCUCAGCUUACACCUGAAGGCAUUACAGUCAACUGGAAACACCGUAACACAAUGAAAGUAUAUGACAUUGUUAAGGGUAAAGGCUCUGUGGAAGGACAGGAUCCACAGUACAAGAACAGAGUUGAAGGUGACUCUGAGCAGCAUCUGAGAGGAAACUUCUCGUUCAAACUCAAGAAUCUUCUGUACAGUGAUGCAGGACAGUACCAGUGCUACAUCAUCGAGGAAUCAGGAAUACAGACUGUGGAGCUACGUAUCAAAGAGCCUCUGCAGCUACCAUUUGUGCCUUCUGUUGGCGGUUCUGUGGUUUUACCUUGUUCUUCUAAACAAUCUCAGUUUAAAACAGAGGACGACAUUACAGUGGGCUGGAGACACAACGAGACCCUGAAAGUGUAUGACAUUAUUAAGGGCAAAGUCUCUCUGGGAAAUCAGGAUUCAGUAUAUUACAACAGAACUGAAAUGAUCCGUGAGAAUUAUCUGAAUGGAAACUUUUCCCUCAAACUUAACAACGUUCAGCGCAGCGAUACAGGAAUCUACACAUGCCACAUCACAAAUGAAUUACUAAUCCAAAGUGUGAGACUAGAAUUUAGCCGAACAGAAUUUAGCCAAGGAGCACAAGCAAGACCAGAGAAGAUUUUAUUAGUGCCUUUACUUUCUGUUGUGAUUCUGUUCUGUAUGUGAGUUUUGAGAGGAGAAAUAAUUUGUCUACAGUAUUGAAACAGUCAAUGAAUAUUAUUCAUCUCAAUGCAUUAUCAGCUCAGCCCAUACACGCUUAAACUAAAAGUGAUGCCAAAUAACCUUUGAGUGAACGGUUCAUUUUUACAGUUGGCUUAAGCAUUUCAGUGUUCUGUGAAAAAUCACACAAUGAUGCAAGUCUGUAUAUGAAAAUGCAAUACAAAACACUAAAAGGAAAAAACAAAAACCUUUAUAAAUGGAAUGUCAAUGAAUGUUACAGGACAGAACUUGUAUCGUAUGAAUUGACAGAUACUAGUUUUACUGAAUGUGCAACAUUUACUCAACUAUAACCUUAGUGUUAGCUGACAGGGACGUGUUCAUUUCAUAUUUACAUCUAAUUUGCUUUUAGUUGAUGUAGGUUGGCUAUUUUUUAACAAAUUUUGUUGUUGUUGUUUAAAAAAGUAAAUGUAUAUAGCAAGUCUAAGCCCAUGUCCAUGUUUUCUAAUAGCAUUACAUUCACUUGAUCCACACAAUAGGGCUGACAAGCGAAUAGAUGAAUAAAGAGGAAAUUCCUGCCUGA